AUGGUGGAGGUUGUCGGCCCUGUGUCUGCUCGUCCGCCCACUCCACCUAGGACAGGUUCUCGUAUACUAUCUGAGAAAGAUCGAACAGAAGAUUCCCCCAUCGUCGUACAGACUCCCGUGGAUUCUCCUUUCGCUGCGGACAGUUCCGUCCGUGCUCCAUCUACUCGACAAUCCAAGCGAGUGAACUUCUCGCCAUGGACCAAGUACAUCAAACCUCCGUCCUUUACAAAUUCUGCUCCUAGAUUGAAGUCAGAACUCAAGGAGCUGCCCCCUUCGAAUGAGUGCAAACCGACAAAGUCGAUUUUGAAGACGACGAAUGCGCAUCCUCCGAUCGACACAACCGACGCCGCACCGUGCACUCCCGAAUCAUUCGCCAUGCUGCUCGAUUCGAUCACACAACAAUUGGCCGGAGAGUCGAUAAGUUCGAGACUGGAUGCGUAUAUGCAGUUCUUUGGGGCUCUGAGGGCUUACGAAGGGCUUCCCAGUGAGCAAGAACUUGGGCAGAAGCUUGGACUCAUUAGCCAGUUCAUCCAACGGGAUCUUAGCACAGAUCUCGGAGAUGAUGUGCCUCUAGGCACGAAUCUUGUCAUUCAAGCUCUCAAAUUAGCUGCUGCGCUCUCAUGGAACAUCGAGAUAGCUGCGCACCUUCCAGACGAAUUCAAGGUCUUCCUUGUGGAGCACUCCAUCAAUGCCCUUGAAAGCGCGAAAGCGCCCAAAUCGGUAUUGACACAUUAUAUGUCCAUACUAUCUACACAAAAUUUCCAUUCAAAAAUCAUGACAAAUGCGCGGAUCAUCCGUCUACUGACCGUACUCGGAGACAUUACCAGCCGCGUGAAUGGAAAUGCAAUCGUCUUUCAGCGUCUAAGCAUUUAUCAGCGCCUUCUUACUCAGUCCAAGUCGAUUUUCGUUUCCCAAUCAGGCCUCUGGGUAGAGCAUUUGCUAUCCGGCCUCCUUCACCACGUCAAAGAUACAAGGAUUAAAGCCAUCUCUUUGGGCUUUCAAACUUCGAUGAUUUGCGGUCCGAAUCCCAGUCUAUCGAAAAGUAUCCGUGACCUAUUCGAUCGUCCUUUGGACAAUGGCAGAAAACUAGUAUCGGAAAUAUGCGAGCGAAUGUCAAGGAUGAUGGCAAACGUCGAAAGUGGUGUACAUGUUCCCCAGGUUUGGAGCAUCAUCGUCUUGCUUUUGAGAAGCAAAAGGCUCAGUAUCGACCAAUGGGAGCAUUUUAAAGAAUGGGUUCUUGUGUUACAGAGGUGCUUCAACUGCAGUGAAUCAUCUAUCAAAGCUCAGGCUAUUCUUGGCUGGAACCGAUUUGUCUACGUCGUCAGCCCCAGCGACACGACAAGUCGGUCAAUGCUGAGAAUGCUAAGCAAACCCAUCAUGUCCCAGUUCGAGCGAAAGAAGCAAGAACGACAUGGAUCACAGCCCGGACAAUUAGCUCUGUGCAGCUACCACAACCUAUUAUACUAUGCAUUUCGUCCGUCUGCAACUCUUCAACACCUCGAUAUUGUCUGGGAAGAGUAUGUUGCUGGCCCCUCGAAUGUAUUUGCCUCAUUUCCUCACUUGAACGAUCGAUUCUGUCACGCUCUUUCCAACCUACUUUGGAGCCCACAAGCCAAGAUAUGGACCGAGAACAAGGUCAACGAGAGCACGAAACUCGAACCUGAGGAGCUACCUUCCAUCGACUGCAAAUGGGUGAGGUCAAGAAUCACGAUUAUCCUGAAUGUCUUCGAAGCCAUCUUCAGAACUUCCCUUUGGGCUGAUGAUUUGGAUAAAUCGAAUAUCGCUGCUGCCUGGAUCAGCCUGUCUCAGGCUUUGUCCUAUGCCUCAAGUAAAGAGAUCACACCAUCCAAAGAGUCCAUGCAAGCCGUUGCCAGCGUGCUUGGACAUCUCCAACGGCUUUGGAAUGCUGGUCCUUCCUCGCUAAACGCUCUUGGUGACGAGUCAAUGGAUGUUUUCUUUGACCGUUUUCGGUUCCUGUCCACUACCAUGAUCUCUUCUCUGGGAGGCAUCCCAUUUACUGAGAAACUUCUCCUGAAGACAGCGAAUGAGACUUUCCAGGCUGCUAAUACGCCGACGCAUCAUCCUGUGCGGGCAAACACUAACCUGGACAGCCCAAUCUUACAUCUUCUCCGAUUCAUAAGCGACGUGACUGGGGUCCCUGAACCUACACCUUCUUACUCGCGUCUGGUUGAUGGUACGCUUGAGGCUGCAUGCAAAGGUAGAAUAUCCCGAGGCUCCCGUCUGGAGCUCCUUCAGCAAUGUGCGCGGCUGUAUCCGAAUGAUGCCGAUUUUGAUUUUGGCGUCCAAAACUUUGCUCAAAUUGUGUGGAAUUCAACUGCACAACUGGCUGCGGAGUCUCUGAGAUCUUUCCCGCUUGAGUCUGCGCGAGAACGAGAUGGGUCCGUUAUUCGCGAUUAUGAAAAUGUUGUCAAGAUCCUCUCUGCAGGGCUCAAGUUUUCCACCGUUUUCCCGGCAUGGAAUCAGCUUCUUGAUGCCUUAGUUCGUGUCAUGAGAACCGAGAAAGGAGACCGGGCCAUUGCAUUGAUGACUUUGGAACCUUUGGCUGAAUGCAUGAUGACAAUUGAUGCUCGGAACACGUAUCUUCCAUUGUCGUCACUCUUCACCCAGUCUCUAUCCAUCCCAUACUGCCAUCAGAGUGAUUCGGGCACGAAGGAAGGCGAGGUCAUUUCCAGGGGGCCUAAAGAAGACGUAUUCUUUCCAAAUCGAUUGGUACAGUUGGUGGAUCGCACACUCCAAGAAUCCUACUCAACAUUCGAUCCAUCAAAGACCAGCGGUGUCGCGGAUUUUAUAGAGUCUUUGACAUCCUUUUUGGGCUCCGGUAUCUUGGCUUUUCGACGGAAAUUACUGGAAAAUUUUCAAGGAUCCCUUGCGCUUUGGCUCAGAGAUGAGGCACGCAAACUCAAUAUCGAGAGUGGCGUCGAAAGCAGGAUUCUUACAGCUGGCGACGUACGCACAAAAUCCGUCUCACCAGAGGGUUCACGUGAAGCAGUAGAUAUGUCAAUCAAGUCUCGCAUUUCGUAUAUCCUAGAUGACACAUUCGAACAUUCUCGUUCUCCCAGUUUCCAUUCAUCGCCUGUCACGGAUGAACGAGAGGUUACGGCCUUGCCGUUGAGUCGAAAUCCCAAUGUCAUCAGACGGCAGCCCGCGCCGCCCUUCAAGGACAGACAUGUCGAAUCUACUGUCAAGAUUGAGUCAGACCCUUUCAUAACAGACAGUAAAGAUUGUAGCAAGCCCAACGACGUGUUCUCUAUCAUAGACAGCAUUCGGUCAUCUUCGCCUCCUGUGCAAACUCCGAGAGAACUGGGAUUUAUGACCCCGCCGCACGCGCGUCAACUAAGCAACCCAGCCAUGAGUACACAUUCUCCUCGGACGCCUACUUUUCCAGCAGUUGCAAUCGAGAACGAGGAUGGCUUCUUCGGCUCUUCCCCUACCCCUGGCACCAGAGGCAGGGCACAGGUGGUCGGCUCAACCAUUCCCUCGACGUUAACAACUGAGGCGAUGGAUCCUUGUAUGAAUUUCGAUCCUCCCUCCUCUCCUCCAGGUAUACGGUCUCUCAGUCCGAACUCACGCAAUAUAGCAACGCCUUCAAAUAUCCCUCAGAUGCCUUCAGACGCAGAGAAAGAGAAUAUCCGUGCAGUUCUGACUCAAGAGAAGACGACGGUCAAUGAUGUCACAUCCGAGUAUACUGGUCUCGGCAAAGAGGAGCACUGUGAGACUGGUCAAUCGGAAAGGCCUCUCAAGCGCCGUCUUCGUUCUUCUAUGGGCAAACAGCAGAUCACGAAUGCGCCUGCCGUUUUAGAACCUGAAACACCUGUAGCACGUCAGGAAACAGAGUCUGUACCGGAACCCCUUAAUAAUGACAAGGGGGGGUUCUUAGAAAGCGUCCAUGUCGUCGAAUCUGCGCCCAAGAUGGACCAAGAGAUGAUGAAAGGCAAUGUGAAUCAAGAGGAGAUGCACACAGAUCCGGACUGCAUUGCAGACUCGUUCAGUGAUGAUAUGGAGACCCAGGUCGCGUCUCAACUCGAACAAGACUUGGAGUCUGCAGGAAAUAUGAACGAGGAGCCUAAAAGCAAAGCACCUUCAGAACCUCCCAAACAACAAACAACAAGAAAAAGGAAACGGGGCGUUAAGGAAGCUGAUGCAGGUGAAACAUCUUCUACUCGAGAGCGGCGUCGAUCUUCGAGGCUGUCGUCGACGAAGACACCAUCUGCUGUCGAAGUACAAGAAUCCAUGAGCACUCGUGCCUCGAGAUCCAUGACCACUCCAUCAUCGCAGAACCUCAAGUCUUCGCCCGCUGAGUCUGUUGCAAAGAGACGCAAGUGUCAGUUCAAAGGUGAGGAGGGUGCUUCAACCGCCGUCAUUUCGGAAGCCCUGGAACCGGCAAAGGAGCAAGAUACAUCGCAAGAACAUAUUGCAUCAAGCCACGACCGAGUUGAAGUCUCGGGGAACACCGAGAUUUCACCUCAAAAACGGAGGUCGUCCCGUCUAGGAGGUCAUCCAGCACCCGCCAUCGCGGAUGAAGGUCCGUCUCGGAGGCAAUCAUCACGUACUGCGCGCUCUCGGAAACAGGCUAAGAACAAAGAGCUUCUUUCGGAAAGCUUUUCCCUUAAAAAAUUAGAGGCCGAUGCACCUGAUUCUGUGAUGGAAACACCUGCAGCAGAAAUUCCUAACCAGAAUCUGACUUGUAUUCGGGAGUUGACCCUGGAAACAUCUGUUCACGGUAGUAACCUUCCCAAGACGAUUACACCUGACGCAUCGGUACAGCCAAGCAAUAGCAGCUCUGGUGAUACCGAGAUGGUCGAAGCAGAGCCGGCGGCCGAGCCAGAGCCGACAGACGAUCAUGCUCAAGUCAACGCGGCUCAGACAGACGCUGAUGGUAACAAUCACGCUCCCGAGGACAAAAUCAUGAUUUCCCAUUCCGCCCAGACUGGUACCUUGGUCGGCCAAGAAGGCGUAAUAUCCUCUUUACGAAGGGUACUUGAUGAUGUCAAAUCAACCACCCUGAACUUAUCUGCUCUGAAAGAGAUCGACGACCUCCUAUUCGAUAUCCGGGUGGAAAUGCACGAAGCACUAAGAAGACAUGCAGGGUAG